GUGGCGGAGCUCUUGGGCGCCAUUUACGUGUGUGCAGCCAACCGGGCUCUUGAGGAGCAGUCGCCGCGCUGCUGAGUCUUGCUCCCCUCACAAGGCUAACCUUCCUCCGAUCGGCCAAACAGCAAGCCUCUCCUACAGUGUCUCGAUCUCUUGAUGCAUUAUCGACUUUAGCGUCUGGUUGGAGUGUUUGAGCCCCCGAAAUUAGGGGCAAUGGGCGAAAAUUUUGCCCCGAGUUUUACCAAGAAGCCGAAACUCCGUCAGGAGGAUGACGGCAACAAACUCAUAUUCGACUGUCAGCUGUCGGCGUCACCGCAGCCGGACAUCGAGUGGUAUCGAGGCGACGUGAAGGUAACGGAAAGCCGCAGAAUCAAGAUCACCGUCAAACAGACGUCGAAAAACAUUCACGAUGUCCAGUUGAUUCUCGACGACGUGGAAGAGGAAGAUGCCGGGCUCUACAAGGUCAAAGCCAAGAACAAAUAUGGCGAGGUGUCGGCGUCCAUCAAUCUUAACUUCAGUCCAAACGAACAGGCCGCCGAUAAAAAAACCCAGAUUCAGAAAUUACAAAUCGAUGGCGUCGCGCCCACAUUCGCCCAGAAGCCCGUUAUCAAGCAGGAGGAAGGAGGAAAGAACAUUAAAUUCGAGACUCGAAUCUUGGCGGAUCCGAAGCCAGCCAUCACCUGGACCCGCGAUGGACUCAGGGUGCAAGAGUCCGCGCGGUGCAAGGUGACGAUGGAGAAGGAUCAAAAAUACUACUUCAUCACGCUGGCCUUGACCAACGUUACCGUAGAGGACGCCGGCAAGUACAAGAUCACCGCCAAGAACGAACUCGGAGAGAGUAACGCCACCAUUAGCCUUAACUUCGACAGUUCCUUUAUGAUGCUCGCAGGCGACGAGGCCCCGUUGCCUCCCGCCGAAGGUGUCCGCCCGACCUUCACUGAGCGUCCCAGCAUCAAGCAGAGCGACGACUGCUCAAGUGUCAUCUUCAGGUGCCGCUGCGUUGGCAACCCGAAACCAACCAUCGUCUGGGAAUUUAAGGGUAAGAAAAUAAAAGAGGGAGGCCGCUACAAGAUGAAACUCGAGGCCGACGGCAACAUCUACUUCAUCGCCACACUCGAGAUCGCAAGCGUCUCUUCCUCGGACGAGGGCGAAUACAGGGCCAUCGCCAGCAACAAGCUCGGGGAGGGCGUGGCCAACAUCAACCUACACUUCGAGGGUAAAACCGCCUCUGAUAAGCCCAAGAUCCCUGACGGCAAGGCGCCCAGAUUCCCUAAGAAGCCUGAGAUCCGUCAGGAGGGAGACAAGCUGAUCAUGGAGUGCCUCCUGGAAGCCAACCCUGAGCCGGAGGUCACUUGGUUCAAGGGCGUCCAGAUGGUGCAGGAACAAGGCCGCAUUUCCAUGUAUAAGAAGAUCUGCGGGAAAGACCAGUACGUUGUCUCAGUCACCAUCAUGAGUCCUGUGGUUGAAGAUGGCGGCCAGUGGAGGUGCAACGCCUUCAACCCAUUCGGUGACUCGAACGCCAACAUUGCCCUUAAUUUCGAAAAGGGCAAGGCAGUCCCGGAGGGAUUCGCACCCACUUUCCUCGACAAACCAUCCAUUAUCCCCAACGAAACUGGCACCAUGAUUACCAUGAAGGUUCGCUGCAAGGCCAAGCCCCAGCCUACAGUUGAGUGGUUCAAGGACGGCAAGAAACUGGAGGCUGUCAAGCGCUUGGUCAUCAAGGAGCACAAAGUGACAGCCGAGAUGUUCGAAUACUCUUGCAUCGUCAAGGAUCCGUGUGGUGCUGACGCCGGCAAGUACAAAUGCGUGGCCAUGAACCAGUUCGGCGAGGCCACCGCCAACGUCAACCUCAACAUCGAGGCUGACCAAGAGCCUUCGGGUCAAGCGCCAGUGUUUAUCGAAAAGCCGAGCAUCAAGUUCGAGGAGAAGGCCGGGCGCGUGCUGAUGGAGGCCCUGGUGCGAGCCGACCCUCAGCCGACGUCCCGCUGGACGAAGGACGGCAAGGAGCUGGACAGCUCCAAAGUGACUGCCACUGUCACCAGGGAGAAGGACGACCUCUACCGCAUCCGGCUGGAGCUGAGGAAGCCACAGCCGACUGACGGUGGCGUUUACAAGUGCAACAUUAAGAACGAAUUUGGAGAGCUUAAUGCCAACCUGAACCUCAAUAUCGAAGUCGCUCCCACGAUCAAGAAACCCCCCAAGAUCGUGUCGGUGUUCAACAGGAAGGUCGUGAUGGAGUGCGUUGUCAUGUCCACCUCCAAACCUGCCUGCAACUGGUUCAAGGACGCCACCAAGGUCAGGUUGGACACUCGCCACUGCGUCAACAUCCUCGAGGAGGGUGAGGGCAAGUACGUUGUCCAGAUGGAGAUGCUGAAGGCAGAAAGAUCGGACUGCGGCAUGUACAAGCUCGUGGCCAAGAACGAGAAGGGCGAGACCACUUCCCAGACCGUCGAGCUCAUCGAGAGCAUGCUGGAGGAGAAGAAAGAGAAGAAGGAAGAAAAGAAGGAAGAGGUGAGGCAGGAAAAGAUGGAGCAACAGGAGGCCGCCCAGGUUGCAGAAGAAACGAUGGUUCAGGAGACCGAGGCUAAAAAGAAGGUUGUUAAAAAGAAGGAGAUUAAGAAAGAGGAAGCAGAGGAGUUUAAAAUGCCGCAGCUGAAAAAGGUAGAAGUUAAAAAGCAGGAGGUUAAAGAAGAAGCUAAACAAGUUGAACUCAAAAAAGUUGAACUUAAAAAACAAGAAGUUAAACUGGAAUCUCAACAGGUAGAGCUUAGAACAGUAGAGACUAAACAAGAAUUUGCUUUUGGGGAAGCUCAGCAAAUGCAACUAAAAAAAGUAGCUGUUAAACAACACGAGGCUGCUGUAGAGGAAGCUGCUUUUGGAGUGCAACUGAAGAAAGUAGAGGCUAAACAGGAGUUCACUUCCGGAGAAGCUCAGACAGUACAACUCAGGAAAGUUGAAUCUAAGCAGGAGGUUUCCAUGGGAGAAGCCCAGAAAAUUCAGCUUAAGAAAGUAGGAGCCAGAGAGGAGUUGUCUGUUGGAGAAGCUCAGAAAGUGGAACUCAGGAAAGUAGGCGCUAAACAAGAAAUGGCUGUAGAUGAAGCUCAGAGAGUGCAACUAAAAAAGGUUGAGCAUUUUAAGCAAGAGGGUGUAGAGGAAGCGCAGAGGAUUCAGCUUAGGAAAGUCAGCGCUAAGGAAGAGAUGACUGUAGAGGAAGGCCAGAGGGUGCAGCUUAGGAAAGUUAGCGCUAAGGAAGAGAUGAGCGUAGAUGAAGCUCAGAGGGUGCAGCUAAGAAAGGUUGAGCAUACUAAACAAGAAGGCAUAGAGGAAGCUCAGCGAAUCCAGCUGAAAAAAGUGGGCGCUAAGCAAGAAGUAGCUGUAGAGGAAGGCCAGAGGGUGCAACUAAAAAAGGUUGAGCGUACUAAACAAGAAGCUGUAGACGAGGCGCAGAAGAUCCAACUAAAAAAGAUUGAGCCUAAAAAGCAAGCUGCCGUAGAAGACGCUGAGAAAGUUCAACUAAAAAAAGUAGAGCCUAAAAAGCAAGCUGUCGUAGAAGAAUCUGAGAAAGUAGAGCUGAAAAAGGUAGAGCGCAAAGUCGAGCAGACCAUCAAGGACGAACCCAAAGCCCCCAAAGAGACGGCGCAGAGCGACGAGCCAGAGGAAAAGACUCAAGGGAUAGGCCAUCGCGAACAGCAGGAGGAAUUCGAGUCUUAUGAAGAGGAGGCAAUUCAGAAGAAGCAGCAGAAUCCUAAAAAACAGGAAGAUAAACCCGACUCUAAAGAAACAGCGAAAAAGCUAAACCCCAAGAACCCCAAAGAUAAACCUGAAAGUAAUCCGGAACCUGAAAAUCCCAAGAAUCCUAAAAAAAAUCCAGAAAAGCCGAAAAUCGUAGAGCCCCCCAAAGCGGCGAAGAAGAAAUCAGAAGAGGAGGCUCCUAAGAUCGAAGUAUCGAAGGAGAAGACUCCCGAGCGCCGUGGUUCCCUGGUUCCGGGAUCAGGACCCUCCAGCAGAAGGGGUUCUCUCAUCCCGCCUGAAGAAGGAGCGGGUGGUCGCAGGCCGUCGCUCCUGAUCGCAGACGAGGGACAGCGAAAAUUACGCCCCGGAGAAGUGUUUGAGGAGAGCAAGAGUCGCUUGAGACCGGGAGAAAUUCUUGACGAUGACCAGCGACGUCGACCGAGCGGCGAUGUCCGUCGUCCCUCGGUCCAGGACGACGAGAAGAUGGACAAGCCCAGCACGCCGCUGCGCCCCAUCGGCCAGCCCGGACCCCCGUCCAUCGUCGACGUCCAGCAGAAGUACACGGCCGUCGAAGACCAGAACGGCUACAUCGACCUCAUCGUGGAGGGCAACCCACCACCCUCGAUCAAGUUCUUCAAGGGCUUCACCGAGAUCAAUGAAGGCGGUCGCUACAAGGUCCACACGGACGGCGAGACCAACUGCGUCACGCUCUGCAUCCGUAAGACGAAGCCCAACGACGAGGGCAGGUACAAGGUGGUGGUUUCGAACCAGCACGGAGAGGAUUCCGCCGAGAUGGACUUCUACGUCUCGGACGCCAGCGGUAUGGACUUCCGUGCCAUGUUGAAGAAGAAGAAGUACGCCAAGUGGAAGAAGGACAACGAGGACCCAGACUGGGGCGACCUGAAGGAGACCGAGAAGGAGCAGAAGCCCCAGCUCCGCAAGGUUGAAAGGGAUCCGCCACAAGGCCUUAAACCACCUCCUCCUGGCAGUCGCAAAGGCUCGCUCGCUGAGAUGAUUCCUGAUUGGCCGACACUCCAGGCCGUCAAACGUAAAAGGAAGGUCGAGUCUUGGGUCAAGCCCCUGGUCGACCUCACCGUCAAAGAGGGCAAGGACAAGACCGCCAAGUUCGAGGGCGAGUUCUCCAAGAAGGACUCAAAGGCCAAGUGGUUCUUCAAGAAGGAUGAACUGUUCCCCGGCUCCAAGUACAAGUUCAAGGCCGAGGGCUGCGUGCACGGCAUCACCAUCAGCAGGCCCACCAUGGACGACAUGGGCAAAUACACCGUGGAGUGCAUGGGCAUCUCCUGCUCGGCCAUCCUCACCGUGCAGGAACCCGACCCCGACUUCAAGUUCACGAAGCCUCUGCCGAAGAAGUCCUCGAGCUACACGGGCAAGGACGCCGUUCUGGAGGCUGUCGUCAACUCCCACAAGGCCAUCGUCCACUGGUUCAGAGGAGACCAGAAGAUUGAGGAAAACGAAAAAUACGAGACGUACAAGGACAUGACGGGCACGGUGCGUCUGACCAUCAAGAAGGCCUCCAAGAAGGACAAGGGCAAGUACACGGCCAAGAUCUUCAGGGUUGAGAAGGAGUCCUGCGAGUGCAACCUCAACAUUGUCGAUCAACCGUUCAAGUUCACAAAGCAGCUGAGGUCGAUGACCGUGACCGAGAACAACAAGGUCGUCCUGGAGUGCGAGGUCGACGAGGCCGAAGCUACCGUCGAGUGGUUCGCCGGCGAGAAGAAGCUCGAGUCCGACUCAGGCGCCAAGAUCAUGAAGGACGGCAGGAAGAGGCAGCUCGUCUUCAAGAGCAUCCAGAUGUCCAACGCUGGCUUCUACACCUGCAAGACGAACGCUGACGAGACCACGUGCGAAGUCAUCGUUCAGUAUGAAAAUAAGUUCAAGAAGAAGCUGCAGGACGUGACCUCGUUCGAGCGCCAGCCCGCCCACUUCGAGUGCGAGCUGGUCGACCCGAACGCCCCGAUCCAGUGGUUCGUGAACGGCAAGGAGGUCGAGAACUCGGACAUCUUCGAGAUCAAGAAGGACCGCGGCAUCCACAGACUCAUCAUCAAGGAGUGCGCCGGCGAACACGAGGGUGAAAUCAAGGUGGUGUGCGGGUCCCUGGAAUGCUCGUGCCAGCUGAGCGUGGGCGAGGGCGAGAAGCCACCCAGCAUCAAGCCCGAAGAACCCAUCGAAGGCCCCGUCACCAAGCCUCUGGUCUUCGACGUUCCUUACACAGUGCCCGGCGCAAGGAUCUCUAAGGUCGACGCCAAGCUGCUGAGGGGAGGCAAGCCCAUCCCCAUAAAGGAAGUCGAGGUCAAUAUUCAGGACAAGAAGGUCACCUACACCAUCAAGAAGCCCUCUAGGGACCAGUCCGGCAAGUACACCAUCAAGAUGUCCAACAAGGCUGGCGAGAGCAGCAAGGAGGUCAAGAUCAACAUGCAGGACCGCCCAAGCCCGCCCACGGAGAUCGAGGUGUCCGAGGUCUUCAGCACCUCCUGCGUGCUGACCUUCAAGCCUCCCAAGGACGACGGUGGAAUGCCCCUCACCUACUACACGGUGGAGCGCCAGGACUUCUCCGUCAAGGCAUCACAUCCGCAUAUCUGGGAACGAACAGGAGGAUGGGCCCAGGUCACGGAGAUCCCCGCCGACGAGCCCCUUCGCUUCAAGAUGGAGGACCUCGAAAACAAGAAGCAGUACAAGUUCCGAGUCAUUGCCAGCAACAAACUCGGAGCUUCGGAUCCUGCCGUCUACCCGAAGGUCAUCUUGGCUAAGGAUCCUUGGGAUGAACCCGGAAAGAUCAUGCACGUCGAGGUGAACGACUGGGGCCCCGAGCACGCCGACCUGCGCUGGUCCAAGCCCGAGACCGACGGCGGUUCGCCCAUCACUGGCUACGUCAUCGAGUUCAGGACUCGCGCCAUGCCAGAAGGCGGGGAGGUGGACCGCUUCAGCGACUGGAGCAAGGGUAUCGAGAUCCAGGGAGACGUGACGGAGGGCACCAUUCCCAACCUGAAGGAGGGUAACCAGUACGAGUUCCGCGUCAGGGCUGUCAACAAGGCAGGUCCCGGUGAACCUUCCGACCCAACCAAGCCUAUUCAGGCUAAGAACCGUUUCGUGAAGCCAUACGUCAAGAACAAGGAGGAAUUCAAGAACAUCGUGAUCAAGAAGAGCCAGCUGUUCAAGUUGGACAUCAAGUACGGUGGUGAACCCGAGCCAAAGGCCAUCUGGAAGAAGGACGACAAGGAGGUCAUUCCAGACGAAGAGGAAAGGCUACCAGACCCUUACAACUGUAGAAGGAUCACCAUCGAGCAGUAUGAGCGCAACACCGUCUUCACCCUGAGGAAGGGCGUUCGCUCCGACACCGCCAAGUACAAGCUGUGCCUCUCGAACUCCGUCGGCGAGUGCGAGGAGGUGGCCGACGUCGUUGUCCUGGCCAAGCCCAACCGCCCCGAGGGACCUCUCUUCCCUGAGGAGAUCCGCGCCGACCACGUCAAGCUCAAGUGGAAGAAGCCCAAGGAUGAUGGCGGUCUGCCCAUCGAGGGUUACGUCAUCGAGAAGAUGGACAUGGACACCGGCACUUGGGUUCCCGCUGGAGAGAUCGGCCCCGAGAAGGAGGAGUUCACCGUGGACGGCCUGACCCCGAAGAAGAAGUACAAGUUCCGCGUGAAGGCCGUGAACAAGGAGGGCGAGUCUGAGCCCCUCGAGAACGACGAGCCCAUCACGGCUCGCAACCCCUACGAUGAGCCAAGCAGGCCCGGCAAGCCCGAGAUCAUCGACUACGACAACAAGUCGGUGCAGCUCCGGUGGACUCCCCCCGAGAAGGACGGCGGCCGCCCCAUCACCCACUACCACGUCGAGAUGAAGGACAAGCUCUCCGUGGAUUGGAAGGAGGUUCUGCAGACGCCGGACACCAACUGCGAGUGCACGGUGCCGAACCUGAAGGAGGGCACUAUCUACAGCUUCCGUGUCCGUGCUGCCAACAAGGCUGGCGUCGGUGAGGCCUCUGAGCCCACCGAGAACCACCUGUGCAAGCACAAGAACCUUAAGCCGCGCAUCGACCGCACCAACUUCAAGUCGGUCACCAUCAAGGUGGGUCGCAGCCACAAGUGGGCGGUGGACUACAUCGGCGAGCCCGAGCCCGAGGUGGAAUGGAUCUACAAGGAAACCGUCCUGUCCAACAGCGACAAGAUCCACAUCGAGAACACCGACCACCACACCGAGUUCUCCAUCUCCAACGCCCAGAGGAAGGACGCCGGCCUCUACACCCUCAAGAUCGAGAACCGCAACGGCAAGGACCAGGAGACGGUCGAGCUCGUGGUUCUCGGUCGCCCCACCAAGCCCAAGGGUCCGCUGGACGUGUCCAACGUGCACGACACCGGCUGUCGCCUGAAGUGGGAGAAGCCCGAGGACGACGGAGGAAUGCCGAUCAAGGAGUACGAGAUCGAGAAGAUGGAUCUGGCUACUGGCAAGUGGGUCAGAUGUGGCAAGUGCCCCGGAGCCACCGCGCCGCCGCACUUCAACGUCGAGGGCCUCGAACCCGGCCACCAGUACAAGUUCCGCGUCACCGCCGUCAACGACGAGGGCGACUCCGAGCCCCUGGAGGCCGACCAGGCUAUCCUCGCCAAGAAUCCCUACGACGUUCCCUCGGCCCCUGGACGCCCCGAGAUCACGGACUAUGACAACAAGUCCGUCGACCUCAAAUGGACCGUGCCAGAGUCCGACGGCGGCGCCCCCAUCAUCAAGUACAUCGUACAGAAGAAGGAUAAGUUCAUGCCCGACUGGGAGGCAGCCGCUGAGGUGAAGAUGGACGUGUGUCAGCCCCUCAAGCCCGGCAUGCCCGUCGAGACCAAGGUGGGCGGCCUCAAGUACCGUGCGGAGUACCAGUUCAGGGUGAUUGCUGUCAACAAGGCGGGCAAUUCCCCCGAGUCUGAGCCGACGGACCACCACCUGGUCAAGCACAAGGCCCUGAAGCCACGCAUUGACCGCACCAACUUGAAGCAGACCACCACCAAGGCCACUCGCAACGUCAAGUUCGACGUCAACAUCGAGGGUGAGCCUGUGCCCACCGUCAAAUGGUACUACGAGGGCAAGGAGAUCACGGAGCAGAACAUCGAGAUCGUGAACGUGGACUACAACAGCAAGUUCAGCAUGGUGGACGCCAGGAGGAAGCAGACCGGAAUGUACAAGAUCGUCGCCGAGAACAUUCACGGCAAAGACGAGGUCGAAGUCGAGAUCGUCAUUCUGUCUGGUCCUGGAAAACCCAAGGGUCCACUUAAGGUCUCGGAUGUGACCAAGAAGGGUUGCAAGCUCAAGUGGGACAAGCCCGACGACGACGGUGGCAAGCCCAUCCAGGAAUACCUGGUUGAGAAGCAAGACCCCAACACCGGUCGCUGGGUCCCCGUUGGCCGCACAAAGGACCUGGACAUGGACGUGCCCGGCCUGCAGGAGGGCAAGGAGUACAUGUUCCGCGUGAAGGCCGUCAACGAUGAGGGCGAGUCCGAGCCCCUGGAGACCGACCACGCCAUCCUCGCCAAGGAUCCUUACGGUCCCCCUGGCAAACCCGGCAUCCCUGACAUCGUGGACUGGGACGUGGACCGCGUCGACCUCAAGUGGGAAGCUCCCAAGGACACCGGUGGCGCUCCCAUCACCAAGUACAUCAUCGAGAAGAAGGAGAAAUAUGGAACUUGGGAAACCAUUCAUGAGUCGGAGGGCCCGAAGACCGAGUGCCGCGUCCCAGGCCUGACCGAGGGCAAGACCUACCAGUUCCGAGUCACAGCUGUUAACAAGGCUGGUCCUGGCGAGCCGUCCGAUCCUACCAAGCCUCACCUUGCUAAGGCCAGAUUCCUGAAGCCUAUCAUCAACCGUGAGAAGUGCAAGAGGAUCGUGGUCCGCGCCACCCAGAAGGUGUUCCUCGAGGUCGACGUCAAGGGUGAACCUCCUCCGGAGAUCUGGUGGACACUCAACAAGAAGAAGGUGGAGUCCGGCGCGAACUACAUCGUGCAGUCCGAGGACUACCUCACCAAGAUCACCAUCAAUGACGCCGAGAGGAAGCACACCGGCAUGUACCACAUCCACGCCAAGAACGAGUCCGGCUCCGACGAGGCGGAGGUCGAGAUCGUCGUGCUGGAUCGCCCUUCGAGGCCCGAAGGCCCGCUGGACAUCUCCGACGUGCACAAGGAGGGCUGCAAGCUCAAGUGGAAGCCUCCCAAGGACGACGGCGGCCUGCCCAUCGACGGCUACGUCGUCGAGAAGAUGGACGUGACCACAGGCCGAUGGGUGCCGUGCGCGCGCGUGGACGGCGACACCACGAACGCCGAGGUGACCGGCCUGGAGCCCGGCAAGAAGUACGAGUUCCGCGUCCGCGCCCACAACGAGGAGGGCGACUCCGACCCCCUGGACGGCGACCGCGCCAUCAUCGCCAAGGAUCCCUUCGACAAGCCAGGACCUCCCGGCCUGCCGGAGAUCGUGGACUUUGACGAGAACAGCGUCAAGCUGAAGUGGGAUCCGCCCAUCAGGGACGGAGGCGCCGAGAUCACCGGCUACAUCCUGGAGAUGAAGCCGAAGGACUCAGACCACUUCGUGGAGUGCGGCAAGAUCCAGGGCAACGUGUGCACGGGCCCCGUCAAGGGCCUGACGGAGGGCGAGAAGUACGAGUUCCGCGUCAAGGCCGUCAACAAGGCCGGCGUGGGCGAGCCCUCGGACUCCACCCUCCCGCACACCGCCCGCGCCCGCUUCCGCAAGCCGCGCAUCGACCGCACCAACGUGAAGGACGUCGUGAUCAAGACAGGUCAGCAGUACCUCUACGACAUCGACGUCAGCGGCGAGCCCAAGCCCACCAACGUCUGGACCUUCAACAACAAGGAGGUGCUGACGAAGGACACGAUGCGCGUGGACUCGACGGGCAACAACACCAAGCUGGUCAUCAUGAAGGCGCAGAGGAGCAUGAACGGCAAGUACAUCCUCACCGCCAAGAACAAGCACGGCGAGGACUCCGUCGAGAUCAACCUCACAGUCCUCGGACCGCCAAGCAAGCCCAUGGGCCCGCUGGAGGUCACCGACGUCAAGGCCAACGGCUGCAAGCUCAAGUGGAAGAAGCCGGAGGAUGACGGCGGAAUGCCCAUCGACCACUAUGAGAUCGAGAAGCUCGACCCGCUCACCGGCCAAUGGAUGCCGUGCGGCGAGUCCAAGGUGCCCGAGUACGACGUCACGGGGCUCCAGGAGGGAAAGAAGUACAAGUUCCGCGUGAAGGCCGUCAACGCCGAGGGCGAGUCCGAGCCCUUGGAGGCUGACCAGGCCAUCAUCGCCAAGAAUCCCUUCGAUCCUCCAAGCAAGCCCGGCAAGCCCAAGGCCACCAACUGGGACCGUGACUUCGUGGAGCUGGAGUGGACGAAGCCCAAGUCCGACGGCGGCGCUGACAUCACCAAGUACACCAUCGAGAAGCGUGAUGUGUCCGGCCGCGGCUGGACCGAGUGCGGCAGCGGCCCCGGCGACCGCCUCAAGAUCAAGAUCAUCGACGUGGAGCCCGACCACGAGUACCAGUUCCGCGUCAUCGCCCACAACAAGGCCGGCCCCUCCGAGCCCUCCGACCCCUCGGACAACGUCAUCUGCAAGCCCAGAUUCCUGGCGCCGCGCAUCGACCGCAAGUCCCUGGGUCGCAAGACGAUCCGUUCGGGCAUCACCUUCAAGAACGAGACAACGGUGACCGGCGAGCCCGACCCCACCGUCAAGUGGUCGUUCAAGGGCGAGCCCAUCAAGAACGAUCGGCUGACCAUAGAGAGCGAGGAGCACCUGACCACCAUGAUCCUGAGGAAGGCCAAGCGCUCCGACACGGGCAUCUACACCAUCUUCGCCAAGAACGACUCGGGCACCGACGAGGCCGAGCUCGACCUGAUCGUCAUCGGACGUCCGGGCAAGCCCAAGGGCCCGCUGAAGGUGUCCGACGUGACCGCCGAGUCCGUGAAGCUCAAGUGGGAGCCUCCGGAGGACGACGGCGGCGAGCCCAUCGACCACUACGUCGUGGAACGCAUGGACACCGAGACGGGCCGCUGGGUGCCGGUCACCGAGUCCAAGAGCCCCGAGGCUGAGGUCCCCGGGCUGACCGAGGGCAAGGAGUACCAGUUCAGGGUCAGGGCCGUCAACUCCGAGGGCGAGUCCGAGCCCCUGGAGACCGAGACGCCCACCAAGGCCAAGAAUCCCUUCGAUCCUCCAAGCAAGCCCGGCAAGCCCGAGGUGAAGGACUACGACAGGACGUGGUGCGACCUCAAGUGGAAGGCCCCCGAGAGCGACGGCGGCGCCCCCAUCACCCACUACAUCAUCGAGAGGAAGGACAAGUUCUCCUCCAAGUGGGUCAAGCACUGCGACACCAAGAGCAACAAGCCCGAGUUCAAGGUGGAGGACCUCACCGAGGGCCAGACCUACCAGUUCCGCGUCAAGGCCGUCAACAAGGCCGGCCAGAGCAAGCCUUCAGAUCCUUCUGAUAACUUCACUGCCAAGGCCAAGUUCCUUGCUCCCGUGAUCGACCGCUCCAACCUGGACGACAUCCGCGUGCGCGCCGGCCAGAUGAUCAAAUUCGACGCCCGCGUGACCGGCGAGCCCGUCCCCAAGAAGACGUGGUUCAUCAACAAGGCCCGCCAGGAGGCCGACAAGGACGGCAUCAAGAUCGACGAGGAGGACCAUCGCACCAAGCUGGUCAUCCCGUCCUGCACUCGCGCCCACAACGGCACCUUCGUCAUCAAGGCUGAGAACACGGCCGGCAAGGACGAGGUCGCCAUUGAGGUCAUCGUCCUUGACAAGCCCGGCAAGCCAGAGGGACCACUCAAGGUGUCUGACGUCCACAAGGAGGGCUGCACACUCAGGUGGAAGGAGCCCCUGGACGACGGUGGCGCCCCCAUUGAGCAGUACAUCGUAGAGAAGCUGGACACCGAGACCGGCCGCUGGGUUCCAGCAGGCAGGUCCCGCGAGCCUAACAUGGUGGUCGAGAACCUGGAGCCGAACCACGAGUACAAGUUCCGCGUGUCGGCCAUCAACAGCGAGGGCGAGUCCGAGCCUCUGGAGGGCCUGGACACCAUCAUUGCCAAGAACCCCUUCGACCCCCCAGAUCCCCCAGGCAAGCCUGAGCCCACCGACUGGGACAAGGACUUCGUCGAGCUCAAGUGGACCAAGCCGGCCAAGGACAACGGCGCCCCCAUCACGGGAUACAUCAUCGAGAAGCGCGACGAGGCCUCCGGCAAGUGGAUCAAGGCCGCCGAGGUCAGGGGUCAGGAACCUAAGGGCCGUGUCAACAACCUGGACGAGGGCGAGACCUACGAGUUCCGCGUCCGGGCCGUCAAUGAGGCUGGACCUUCAGACCCAUCUGAGCCUAGCAAGCCAGUUACUUGCAAGCCGAGGAAGUUGGCUCCUAAGAUCGAUCGCCGCAACCUCCGCGACCUGACCGUCCGCGAGGGAGAGCCCAUCCUCAUCGACGUGAAGGUGAUUGGUGAGCCCGUUCCUGACACCGAAUGGUUCCUUGGCAAGAAGUCCGUCAAGGAGACCAACACCAUCUCCAUCAAGAACGUUCCUUACAACACCAAAUACAUCAACGAUGAGCCGCUCCGCAAGCACUCUGGCGUGUACAAGAUCGUGGCCACGAACCAGCAUGGCCGCGACGAGGCCGAAAUCAGCAUCACCGUCAUUUCCAAGCCUGGCAAGCCCGAAGGACCUCUCGAGGUGUCUGGCAUCCACAAGGAAGGAUGCAAGCUCAACUGGAAGCCACCUAAGGACGACGGUGGCGUGCCUGUCGAGGGCUACAUCGUCGAGAAGUUCGACCCCGACAUGGGCCUGUGGCUGCCAGUGGGCAAGUCCAGCCAGCCCGAGAUGGAGGUGACCGACCUCACUCCCGGCCACGAGUACGAGUUCCGCGUGAAGGCCUUCAACAAGGAGGGCGAAUCCGAGCCGCUGGUGACGCUCGCGCCCAUCACGGCCAAGGACCCCUUCACUGUUCCUGGCAGGCCCGGAGCUCCUCAGGCCACGGACUGGGACGCCACGCGCAUCGACAUCAAGUGGUCCGAACCCAUUGACGAUGGCGGCUCUCCCAUCACUCACUACAUUGUUGAGAAGAGGGAUAAGUACACCAAUCUGUGGGAGAAGGCUGGCGAGUCCGACGGCCCCGAAUGCAAGGCUUCCAUCACCAACCUGACGGAGGGCAUGGAGUACCAGUUCCGCGCCAUCGCCGUCAACAAGGCCGGCCCCGGAGAGCCUGGCGACCCGAGCAAGACCAUCACCGCCAAGGCCAGAUUCGUUCCCCCGAGGAUCGACCGCAAGAACCUGCGCGACAUCACCGUGUCCGCGGGCUCCAUGAUCAAGUACGACUGCGACAUCUCCGGCGAGCCGCCUCCGUCCGUCACCUGGACCUUCGACAACCGCAAGCUGGACUCCAACCGCCACGUCAACAUCAACAACGUGGACUACAACUCCAAGUUGGUGAUCCGCGAGGCGGUGCGCGACGACACCGGCGAGUACACCAUCCAGGCUACCAACAGCUCCGGCAAGGACCAGGUGACGGUGCGCGUGACCGUCACCGACAAGCCCAUGCCGCCCGAGGGACCCAUCCAAGUGUCCGACGUCCGCGGCACCGGCUGCAAGCUCAAGUGGAGGCGCCCCAAGGACGACGGCGGCAGCCCCAUCGAGUACUACCAGGUGGAGAAGCUGGAUCCCAACACUGGGCUCUGGGUUCCCGCCGGCCGCUCGAACGGCCCCGAGCCCGCCGCCGAGCUCAACAACCUCACCCCCGGAACUGAGUACCAGUUCAGGGUCCGCGCCGUCAACGCCGAGGGCGAGUCUGAGCCCCUGAAGGCUGAAGAGCCUGUGCUCGCCAAGGAUCCUUACGAGGAGCCAGGCGCGCCCGAGAACCUGCAGGUGGCCGACUACGACCAGAACAAGGUCGACCUCAAGUGGGAGCCUCCGAAGAGCGACGGCGGCGCGCCCAUCCAGAAGUACAUCAUCGAGAAGAAGGACAAGUACGGCGGCUGGGACAAGGCGUGCGAGGUGCCUGCCAGCAGGACCAGCUGCUCCGUGCCCGACCUGAUCGAGGGCGAGACGUACGAGUUCCGCGUGCGCGCCGUCAACCCCGCCGGGCCCGGCCUGCCGUCCAACACCACGCCGCCCGUGACCGUGAAGCCGAGGAACAUGCCGCCCAAGAUCGACCGCACCAACCUGAACCCGGUGCGCAUCAAGGCCGGCCAGAGCUUCAACUUCGACGUGAACAUCUCGGGCGAGCCCGUGCCCGACAAGAAGUGGCAGCUCAAGAAGAAGGACAUCAAGCCCAGCGGCGCCAUCCUCAUCAAGUACAGCGACUACAACACCAAGCUGCGCGUGACGGGCGCCUCGCGCGAGGAGAGCGGCACCUACACCAUCAUGGCCGAGAACUGCAACGGCAAGGACAGCGCCGACGUCGAGGUCAUCGUCCUCGACAAGCCCGGCGCGCCCAUGGGUCCGCUCAGGGUGUCCGAGGUGUACGCCGAGGGCUGCAAGCUCACCUGGAACCCUCCUGCCGACGACGGAGGCUGCCCCAUCGAUCACUACGUAGUCGAGAAGAUGGACGAGGCCACAGGACGCUGGAUGCCUGCUGGCGAGACCGACGGCAAGGAGACCAACUUCGACGUGGAGGACCUGACACCCGGCCACAGGUACAAGUUCAGGGUCAAGGCUGUCAACCGCCUGGGAACCUCCGACCCUCUCACCACUCAGCAGGCCAUCGAAGCCAAGAAUCCAUUCGACCCACCAAGCGCACCCAAGGAUCUCAAGAUCGUGGACUUCGACUGCGACUUCGUGGACCUCGAAUGGAAGAAGCCCGACACCGACGGAGGUUCUCCCAUCUCCAGCUAUAUCAUCGAGAAGCGGGACCGUUACAACCCCCUGUGGGACAAGUGCGCCACCGUGGAAGGCGAUGCGUGCCGCGCCCACGUGCCCGGCCUCAUGGAGGGCAACGUGUACGAGUUCCGCGUCAUAGCUGUGAACAAGGCUGGCCCCGGAGACCCCUCCGAGCCCACCAAGCCCCACGUUGCUCGGCCUAAGAAUCUUCCUCCUCGCAUUGACCGCAAUGCCAUGGUGGAUGUGAAGAUCAGGGCAGGUGAGAACCUGAACUUGCCCGUGCCGGUGGUCGGCGAGCCGCCCGCGACCAAGCAGUGGCGGGUCAAGGACAGCGACCUCUACCCCAACGACCGCCUCUCCAUCAUCAACGACGACUACGCGACCACCAUCAAGAUCACGGACUGCAAGCGCUCCGACUCGGGCGCCUUCACCCUCAACGCCCGCAACAAGAACGGCGAGGACACCUGCACCGUCAACAUCACCGUGCUGGACGUCCCCGGCGUCCCUGAGGGACCCAUCAAGUACAGCAACGUCAACCGCAACGGCUGUACUCUCUCCUGGAAGCCGCCCAAGGACGACGGCGGCUCCGAGAUCCUGCACUACGCGGUCGAGAAGAUGGACCUGGACACUUGCCGCUGGGUGCCCUGCGGCGACGUCAAGGGCACGAGCCUCCAGGUAGACAACCUCAUCGAAGGCCACGAGUACAAGUUCCGCGUGGCGGCCGUCAACCGCCAGGGCGACGGGCCUCCGCUCACCGCCCUGGACACCGUCGUGGCCAAGGACCCCUACACCAAGCCCGGCAAACCCGGCACGCCCGAGAUCAUGGACUGGGACAAGGACCGCGUCGACCUGCAAUGGACCGACCCCCGCUCCGACGGAGGCGCCCCCAUCACCGACUACAUCAUCGAGAAGAGGAAGCGCUACGGCCCGUGGGAGAAGGCGGCCGAGAUCCCCGCCAAGCACGGCCCCAAGGCCUCCAUCCCCGACCUCACCGAGGGCGAGGAAUACCAGUUCCGCGUCAUCGCCGUCAACAAGGCCGGCAACUCCGACCCCUCGGACGCCUCGCAGCCCGUGGUGUGCAAGGCCCGCUUCGAGAAGCCCGCCAUCGACACCAAGGACCUGGGCGACCUGGUCCUCAAGGUCAACACGCGCCUCAACUACACCGUGCCCAUCCGCGGCGCCCCCAGGCCCAAGGUGUCCUGGAGCGUCGACGGAAAGGUUCUGGAGGAGUCCGAGCGCGUCGACAUGCAGACCUACGGCAAGCAGACCAUCCUGGACAUUGCCUUCGCUCAGCGCACAGACAGCGGUCGCUACACCCUGACCCUGGAGAACGAACUGGGCAAGGUGUCCGCCUCGGGCACCGUCAUCGUGCUCGACAAGCCCGCUCGCCCCGAGGGCCCUCUGAUCGUGUCCGACGUGACCCGCGAGAGCUGCAAGGUCUCGUUCAAGCCCCCGCUCGACGACGGCGGCUCGCCCAUCCUCCACUACCUGGUGGAGAAGAUGGACGUGUCCCGCGGCACCUGGACGGAGGCUGCCGAGGUGUCUGGCCUUCAGGCUGAUGUCCACGGCCUCGUGCACAUGAAGGAAUACCACUUCCGCGUCAAGGCUGUCAAUACCAUCGGCGAGUCUGAGCCUCUUUGCACUGACAAGAGCAUCAUUGCAAAGAACGCUCAAGACGAGCCCAGCCCGCCCGGCCGCCCCAACGUGGUCGACUGGGACAGGGACCACGUCGACCUGGAAUGGACUCCGCCCAGCAACGACGGCGGCGCUCCCAUUACCGGAUACAUCAUCCAGAAGAAGGAGCGCGGAUCGCCUUACUGGCAGACGGCAGCGCGCCUGAGUGGACCCGAGACCAAGGGCACCGUGCCCAACCUGACGGAGGGACAGGAAUACGAAUUCCGUGUCAUCGCCGUCAACAAGGUCGGCAACUCUGAGCCCUCUGAGCCUUCAGACUCCGUCAUCUGCAAGCCUAGGCAUCUGGCGCCCAAGAUCCUCGGCCCGCUCUACGACGUGCGCAUCAAGGCCGGCCAGGUCCUCCACAUCGACGUGGACUACAUCGGCGAGCCCUCGCCCGACGUCUUCUGGUUCAAUGAUGACAGGGAAAUCAACUCCGAUAUCAGGACGACCAUCACCGCCAUCAACAACCACAGCGUCCUGCACUCCGUCAACACCGUCCGAGCGGACUCCGGCGAGUACCGCAUCCGCGUCAAGAACGAGAGCGGCCAGGACGAAGCCACCAUCAAUGUGGUCGUCAUGGACACGCCAGGACCUCCCGAAGGACCCCUGGUGUAUGAGGAAGUCCAGGCCAACAGCGUCGUCAUGUCAUGGAAGCCUCCUCUUGACAAUGGUGGAAGCCCUAUCACUGGCUAUGUGAUCGAGAAGCGCGACCUCGACCACGGCGGCGGAUGGGUCCCUGCCGUGAGCUGGGUUGACCCCAAGAACACCCACGCCACCGUGCCGCGCCUCCUGGAGGGCACCACCUACGAGUUCCGUGUCAUGGCGGAGAACAUGCAGGGCCGCGGCGAACCUCUGACAAGCGACAAGCCUGUCACUGCCAAGGCUUCUGCUGACGUUCCCGGCCGUCCCGGACGCCCCAACUGCGUGGACUCCGACAAGGACUUCAUCAAGAUCAACUGGACUCCUCCGCGCUCCACCGGCGGCUCCCCCAUCACCGGCUACGACGUCGAGCGCUGCAGCAUCCACGCAGGCCGCUGGAAGAAGGUCAGCCGCGACAACGUGCGCGGGACGGAGUUCCUCGACGAGACGGUCAACGAGGGCGAGCAGUACCAGUACCGCGUCAUCGCCAACAACAAGAUGGGAGCGUCCAUGCCCUCCGAGCCCUCGCACCCCAUCGCCGCCAAGCCCAUGCGCGAGGCGCCCAAGCUGUACCUGGACGGCCUGCUGGGCAAGAAGCUCAAGGUGCGCGCCGGCGAGCCCAUCGACAUCAAGAUCCCGAUGUCAGGCGCCCCGCAGCCCUCGUGCGAAUGGGCCAAGAACAAGAAGAAGAUCGAGCCCAGCAAGAGGACCACGCUGGAGACCACGAACGACUACUGCCGUCUGUUCGUGGACAAGUCCCGACGCGAGGACUCCGGCCCCUACACCAUCACGGCCGAAAACGCCUACGGCAAGGACUCGGCCGACAUCGAGGUCAUCGUCGUGGACAAGCCCAGUCCUCCCAUCGGGCCCCUCACGCCCACGGAGAUCACCGCCCACACCGUGUCCCUCACCUGGAAGCCCCCGCAGGAUAACGGCGGCUCUGAGGUCACCGGAUACGUCAUUGAGAAGACCGAAGCCAACUACAACAUGUGGAAGGUUGUGCCCGGGUACUGCCCCAAGUGCAACUUCACGGUCAAGGGCCUGGAGGAGGGCAAGAAGUACCGGUUCCGCGUUCGCGCCGAGAACAUGUACGGCGUGUCGGAGCCUCUGGAGGGCAAGCCGGUGGAGGCCAAGAACCCCUUCGACCCUCCGGACGCGCCCGAGCGCCCCGACAUCCUCGGCUACAGCCCGUCCACCUGCACCCUCGAGUGGAAGCCGCCCGCGGACAACGGUGGGCGUCCCGUUACCGGCUACAUCAUCGAGAAGCGCGAGCGCGGUGGCGAAUGGAUAAGGGUGAACCACUACCCGACGCCCAACACGGAGUACACCGUGCAGGGCCUGACGGAGGGAAGCCGCUACGACUUCCGCAUCAUCGCCGUCAACGAGGCCGGCCCCGGCAAGCCCAGCAAGCCUUCCAACUCCAUCGUUGCGAAGGUUCAGAAGUACCUGCCCGGGCCGCCCGACGCGCCCAAGCCGGACCGCAUCGGCCGCAACUGCGUGACCCUGUCGUGGCGUCCGCCCAGCCAGGACGGCGGCUCCAAGAUCAGGGGCUACCUGCUCGAGUACAAGAAGAAGGACGAGGAGGAAUGGACUCAGGACAACAACCUGCCUCACCCCGACACCAAUUACACUGUGCUCAACCUGACGGAGCUGCAGGAGUACGUGUUCCGCGUGAUCGCCGUCAACGACGUGGGUAACUCGGCCCCGUCGCGCCCGUCCGCGCCCAUCAAGAUCGAGGAGCAGGCCAACAAGCCUCGCAUCGAUCUCAGCGGCAUCCGCGACAUCACGGUGCGCGCCGGCGAGGACUUCUCCAUCCACGUGCCGUACACCGGCUUCCCGAAGCCGACGUCCAUCUGGUACCACGACGACGAGGAGAUGAGCAUCGAGGGUGACACGCGCAUCCACGAGAAGCUCACCGAUGACUACUGCGCCAUGAUCGUCACCAACUCGAAGCGCACGGACAGCGGGCCGUACAAGCUGCGCCUCCAGAACCCGUCCGGAUUCGACUCCGUGAACGUGAACGUGCGCGUCCUGGACCGGCCAGCGCCGCCCGAGAACCUCCGCGCCGACGAGUUCAACGGCGACGCCCUCACCCUCUUCUGGAACCCUCCCAAGGACAACGGCGGAGGAGAGAUCACCAACUAUGUGGUGGAGAAGCGCGAGGGCCGCGGCAACUGGGUCAAGGUCAGCAGCUACGUGACUGCGCCCUUCCUCCGCAUCCGCAACCUCACGGUCAACCAGGACUACGAGUUCCGCGUCAUGGCCGAGAACCAGUACGGCACCUCCGACCCCUGCACCUCGCCCACGCCCAUCAAGGCCAGGCAUCCAUUCGAUCCCCCGGGCGCCCCAGGAGCUCCCCGCGGCCUCGAGUCCACCGAAGACUCGAUCACCAUCAGCUGGAUCAAGCCUCGCCACGACGGCGGCGCCUACAUCCAGGGCUACAACGUGGAGAAGCGCGUCGUGGGCGAGAGCAUCUGGAGCAAGGCCAACCACGCCCUCAUCAAGGACACCACGUACCGCGUGAUCAACCUCGUCGAGCACCAGGAGUACGAGUUCCGCGCCGCCGCCGUCAACGCCGCCGGCCAAGGCCCCUGGAGCGACCCCAGCGAGAACAUCAAGUGCAUCAGCUUCCGUGCUCCUAAGAUCACCUCUGACCUCAGCAUCCGUGACAUGACCGUCAUUGCCGGCGAGGAGUUCACGAUCACCGUGCCGUUCAUCGCCUCGCCGCAGCCGAAGGUGCAGUGGUGGAUCGGCCCCAACGAGGUCAUUCCCGACGAGCGGAUCCAAUUCCAGAUGGACACAGGUUCCUCGUCCACCAUCUUCGUGAACAAGAGUGCCAAGCGCAGUGACAUCGGCAAGUACACUGUGAAGCUGACCAACACCGAGGGCGCUGACUCCGGCUCCUGCAAGGUUAACGUGGUGGACAGGCCGUCGCCUCCUCAGGGUCCUCUCGAGGUCUCGGACAUCACGCCGGACACCUGCUCCCUGGCCUGGCGUCCUCCCAUGGACGACGGCGGCUCGCCCGUCACCAAUUACCAGGUGGAGCGCCUCGACAUGCACACGGGCAUUUGGGUCAAGGUCUCGGCCUUCGUCCGCAACUGCCAUUACGAUGUGAUGGGACUGGAGCCGAACAGGCAGUACAUGUUCCGCAUCCGCGCGGAGAACCAGUACGGCCUCUCCGAUCCCCUGGAGACCACGGACCCCAUCACGGCCAAGUUCCCCUUCACUGUUCCGGAUCCUCCUGGCCGCCCCAACAUUCUGGAUCACGAUGUCAACUCUGCCGUGCUGACCUGGGAUCGCCCGACCUCCGACGGCGGCGCCAAGAUCCAGGGCUACAAGGUGGAGUACCGCGAUGUCACGGACACCAACUGGUCCGCAGCCAACGACUUCCUGGUUAAGGAGAACACUUACACUGUGCACUCUCUCCUGGUCAACCACGAGUACGAGUUCCGCGUGAAGGCCAUGAAUGCCGCAGGGUACAGCAAGUACUCGCCGCCAAGCAAGAAGAUCAAGAUGAAGGGCAAGUACUCCGUCCCAUCGCCACCAGGCACUCCUGUGGUCACCAAGAUCGGCAAGAACUACGUGGAUCUCACCUGGACCGUGCCGGAGAGCGACGGAGGAUCGCGCAUCACUGGCUACAUGAUCGAGAAGCGCGAGGUCGGCAGCAUCUGGAUGAAGUGCAACGACUACAAUGUGGUCGACACUCAGUACACCGUCACCAACCUCACCGAAGGCAGCGACGUCGAAUUCCGCGUCUACGCCAUCAACGCUGCAGGCAAGUCCGACCCGUCCCAGAGCGGCCCGCCCGUCAAGAUCCGCGAGGCAGCUCCCGGAGAGAAGCCGUUCUUCAUCAAGAACCUGCACAACACCGCCGUCGCCUUGCACAAGUCUAUCACCCUGGAGUGCGAGGCCGAGGGCAAGCCGACGCCAAAGGCCCGCUGGCUGAGGAACGGACGCGAGGUCACCCUCGGAGGCCGCAUCAGCGCCGAGGACAAGGACGGCAAGUUCAGGCUCAUCAUCUCCGACAUGUGGGAGGUUGACGAGGGCGACUACGCCUGUGUGGCCGCCAACGACGCCGGCCAAGCCACCACCAUCGCCCACGUCAAGAUCGGCAACCCGCCGCGCAUCACGCAGAUGCACGACUCGCUGUACCUUCCUGAGGGAGACAACACCAAGAUCAAGAUCUACUUCAGCGGAGAUCUGCCUUUGGAUGUCAGUCUCAGCCACAACGGCGAGCCCGUGCAGGAGUCGCAGCGCCUCAAGUUCACUGUCUUUGAUGAGUUUAUCAUCAUCUUCAUCAGGGAAGUGGUCAAGGAGGAUGCAGGUCAGUACACACUCACAGUCAAGAAUGACUCUGGUAUUGUUCAGGGCAACUUCACUGUGUACAUCACUGGCGUGCCUGGCGCUCCAUCUGCUCCUCUGGACGUCACUGACAUCAGCCGCCACAUGUGCAGCCUGUCAUGGCGCCCACCGGUCUACGACGGCGGCCUGCCCAUCACGCACUACGUGGUUGAGCGCAAGGACAUCACGUACAACAACUGGAUCACGAUCAACUCCUUCUGCAGAGAGUGCGCCUUCACCGUGCAGGGUCUCACUGAGGGCCAGGAGUACCUGUUCCGCGUCAUGGCCGUCAACGAGAACGGCAUGGGCCCGCCCCUGACGGGUGUCAAUCCCAUCAAGGCCAAGGCGCCCUACGACCCGCCCUCGCCUCCCGGCACGCCCAACGUCACGGAGGUGGGCGGCGACUUCGUGCACCUGGAAUGGGACAAGCCCGAGCACGACGGCGGCUCCCGCAUCAAGGGCUACUGGAUCGAGAAGCGCGAGGUCGGCUCCAACAUCUGGACGAUGGUCAACCAGUACAUCUGCCCCGCCACGCAGGUCAACGUGUCCAACCUCAUCGAGGACAGGCAGUACGAGUUCCGCGUCUUCGCCGAGAACGAGGCCGGCAUGUCCGAGCCCUCCGUGUGUUCCACCUCCGUCAGGAUCAAGGAUCCCAACGCGGCCACUCCGCCCGUCAUCGUUACUCCUCUGCGUUCUGUCAUGGCUCUGCAGCACAGGAGCGCCACGCUCACCUGCCAGAUCCAGGGUAAGCCCAAGCCGACCAUCUCGUGGUUCAAGGGCAUGCGAGAGCUGUGCAACAGUGCUAAGUAUGCCAUGACCCGCGACGGCGACAGCUACUCCCUGACCGUGCACGACGUGUACGGCGAGGACGAGGACGAGUACAUGUGCCGCGCCCAGAACGUCGGUGGCAUCAGGAGCACCAAGGCUGAAGUCACCAUCAAACUGGCGCCCAAGAUCAACGUGCCGCCCAGGUUCCGCGACACCGCCUUCUUCGACAAGGGCGAGAACGCCGUCAUCAAGAUUCCGUUCAUCGGCAACCCGCGCCCGAGGAUCAUGUGGCAGCGCGAGGGCGAGACCAUCGAGUCGGGCGGCCACUACGCCGUCGAGACGCAGCAGCGCCACGCCAUCCUCACCAUGCGCGACGUCAACCACCUGGACACCGGCAGCUACCGCCUCACCGCCGAGAACGAGCUCGGAUCCGACUCCGUCAUCAUCAAGAUCCAGAUCUCCGACCGCCCCGACCCGCCGCGCAUGCCCAAGGUGGAGAGCGUGCUGGGCACCGAGUGCGUGAUCAGCUGGCAGAUCCCCCUGUGGGACGGCGGCGCCAACAUCAACAACUACAUCAUCGAGAAGCGCGAGCUGCCCAUGGAGUCGUGGAUCAAGUGCACCAACACGCGCCUCACCACGGCGCAGGUCAAGGGCCUGAGCCCCGGCCACAAGUACCAGUUCCGCAUCUACGCCGAGAACGUGUACGGCCGCUCCGACCCGUCCGCCGUCACCAGCAUCGUGGAGACGCCCGCGCCCGUGUCCAAGAAGCCCAAGAAGAAGCAGUACGAGCUCGACGAGACCGGCAAGAAGAUCCGCGGCAGGAAGGAGGUCGUCGACGACUACGACAAGUUCGUGUUCGACGUGUACUCCAAGUACAUCCCCCAGCCCGUGGACAUCAAGCACGACUCCGUCUACGAGUACUACGACAUCCUGGAGGAGAUCGGCACCGGCGCGUUCGGCGUGGUCCACAGGUGCCGCGAGCGCAAGACAGGAAACAUCUUCGCCGCCAAGUUCAUCCCCGUCGCCUCGGCCAUGGAGAAGGAGCUCAUCCGAAAGGAGAUCGACAUCAUGAACCACCUCCACCACCACAAGCUCAUCAACCUCCACGACGCUUUCGAGGACGAUGACGAGAUGGUCCUCAUCUUCGAGUUCCUGUCCGGAGGCGAGCUGUUCGAGCGCAUCACCGCCGAGGGCUACGUCAUGUCCGAGGCCGAGGUCAUCAACUACAUGCGCCAGAUCUGCGAGGGCGUCAAGCACAUGCACGAGAAGAACAUCAUCCAUCUUGACGUCAAGCCCGAGAACAUCAUGUGCCAGACCAGGACGUCGACCAACGUCAAGCUGAUCGACUUCGGCCUGGCCACCAAGCUGGACCCCAACGAGGUCGUCAAGAUCUCGACGGGCACGGCGGAGUUCGCGGCGCCUGAGAUCGUGGAGCGCGAGCCCGUCGGCUUCUACACCGACAUGUGGGCCGUCGGCGUCCUCGCCUACGUGCUCCUCAGCGGCCUCUCGCCCUUCGCCGGAGAGAACGACAUCGAGACCCUCAAGAACGUCAAGGCCUGCGACUGGGACUUCGACGAGGAAGCCUUCGCCAACGUGUCCAACGAGGCCAAGGACUUCAUCCGCCGCCUCCUCGUCAAGAACAAGGAGAAACGGUUGACCGCCCACGAGUGUCUGAUGCACGCCUGGUUGCGCGGAGACUACUCACCCCGCCUCGAGCCCAUCGAUAUGAUGCGUUACAUUCCCAUUCGUGAUAAGAUCCGCGCUAAGUACAAGGAGUGGGAGAAGUUCCUCCUGCCCAUCGGUCGCCUGGCUGAGUACUCGUCUCUCAGAAAGCUGCAGCUUGAAAAGUACAGGAUACAUGACACGCACUUCG